CAAAAAUCCAUUUUCUUAUCUUUAAUACUCCGUACUAUAAAUGAUACCUCCCCAAACCAUGUUCUCUUUUCCCCUUCUAUCAUUUCAAUACCCCUAUUUCCCUUUCCAGCUUCCCCGGGGAUCUCGCCGGCUUCCGACAGCCAUUGCUGCCGGGAAAUCUUCCAUCUUUCUGUCUGCCUCGCUAGCUCCCAACCAGAUUACAUUUGAGUUGAACGCCAAAGAUGAAUGUAGAUUGUCCUAAUGGUAAAGAGUGUGGACUAAAGAGUGUAAACUCCCAGUGCUCCAUCUCGGAGGUUGAUGACUAUGAUCUAUCAAAGCUUCUUGACAGGCCAAGACUGAACAUAGAGAGGAAGAGAUCAUUUGAUGAAAGAUCUCUGAGUGAGUUGUCCAUAGCCCUAGCUAGAGGUUUAGAUAAUUAUGAACCUGCAUACUCACCUGGACGCUCGGUGUUAGACACACCAAAUUCAUGGAGUCGUAACUCGUUUGAGCCUCAUCCUAUAGUCGCUGAGGCUUGGGAUUCUCUCCGCCGGUCAAUUGUGCAUUUUAGAGGCCAACCAGUUGGGACAAUUGCUGCUGUUGACCAUGCCUCAGAAGAGGUCCUAAAUUACGACCAGGUUUUUGUCCGAGACUUUGUGCCUAGUGCACUGGCCUUUUUAAUGAAUGGUGAGCCGGAUAUAGUUAAGAAUUUCCUGCUAAAGACGCUUCAACUUCAAGGUUCAGAGAAAAGAGUAGAUAGAUUCAAGUUGGGGGAAGGGGUUAUGCCAGCAAGUUUUAAAGUGCGUCAUGAUCCAGUUAGAAAGACGGACACAGUAAUAGCAGAUUUUGGUGAGAGCGCAAUUGGAAGAGUGGCUCCAGUUGACUCUGGGUUUUGGUGGAUUAUUCUUCUCCGGGCGUAUACAAAAUCCACUGGGGAUCUGACUCUUGCUGAAACACCAGAGUGCCAAAAGGGGAUGAGGCUUAUAUUGACUUUGUGUUUGUCAGAAGGAUUUGACACCUUUCCUACUUUGCUGUGCGCUGAUGGAUGCUCAAUGGUUGAUAGAAGAAUGGGAAUCUAUGGUUAUCCUAUUGAAAUUCAAGCACUAUUCUUUAUGGCGUUGAGGAGUGCUUUGGGAAUGUUAAAGCAAGAUGCUGAAGGAAAAGAAUGUAUUGAGAGAAUAGUAAAACGUUUACAUGCGUUGAGUUACCACAUGAGAAGUUACUUCUGGGUUGACUUCCAACAGCUAAAUGACAUUUACCGUUAUAAAACUGAAGAAUAUUCUCAUACAGCAGUAAAUAAGUUCAAUGUCAUCCCUGAUUCAAUCCCGGAUUGGGUAUUUGACUUUAUGCCUACACGUGGUGGUUACUUUGUAGCCAAUGUUAGCCCUGCAAUGAUGGAUUUUAGGUGGUUUGCCUUGGGUAAUUGUGUGGCCAUCUUGUCUUCCCUUGCCACUCCAGAGCAAGCUUCUGCUGUUAUGGAUCUUAUCGAAGCACGUUGGGAUGAGCUGGUAGGGGAGAUGCCUUUAAAAGUAACUUAUCCUGCACUGGAAAAUCAUGAAUGGAGAAUCGUUACCGGAUGUGAUCCAAAAAAUACAAGAUGGAGUUACCACAAUGGAGGAUCUUGGCCAGUGCUGCUGUGGUUGCUAACUGCUGCAUGCAUCAAGACCGGGCGACCACAAAUUGCAAGACGGGCUAUCGAUCUUGCUGAAAGCCGGCUGCUCAAAGAUGGCUGGCCAGAAUACUAUGAUGGGAAACUUGGGAGAUAUAUAGGUAAGCAGGCGAGGAAGCACCAGACAUGGUCUAUUGCUGGAUAUCUGGUCGCGAAAAUGCUGUUGGAAGAUCCUUCACACUUGGGGAUGAUAUCAUUGGAAGAGGACAAGCAAAUGAAGCCUGUGAUCAAGAGAUCAUCUUCAUGGACUUGCUGAUGCUCCCUUGGUGAAAGAAACAAAUAUCGAUCAGGAAAUUCAUUUCUCUUUAUCUAUCUCUGGAUAAGAACAAGACAUUUUGCUCUAAUUUCUGUUUGGCCUAGGUCUCAAGAGCUAUAAUUUGUUGUGUAGUCUUUAUGUUGAUGAUGCCUAAUUUUACAUUUCAAAGGAAGCUCUGAAAUUACAAAAAGUCAGAGUAGAUGAACAUGCUAAGAUGCAGUAUUGGUUUGUGGAGGAGAUCUUCUACUAAAUACUCCCAUCCACCCCCUCCAAAAAAAAGUCACAUUUCAAAUUUAAUUUUAUACAGAUUUUUUUUAAUUCAGAAAA